CGCGAAUUAUACAAUACUCCACUGCGCCGCCUAGGCGAGCGCUCUAACCGCUCUUAAUCUUAUUUCUUCGUUAAUCAAAGCCCUAGAAAACUACCUCACGCCACGAUCUUGCACUGUUCUCCUCGCGCUCGCCUUCAAAGGACCUCACCUUCGAAGCCAUCGCGAGGCCUCGUGGAUCCAAAACUCCGCGUCAUGUCUGCCAGUGCCUCUUCACUCAUGCUUUCAGAGCUUUUCUUGGAUUUGCUGCUCCAUGAGAGAACUCUAGAUCUCUUUGAAGAUGAUCCUUCUCUCUGUGUGAUUUUACACAAGCAUCUACUUGAAACGCUGGCAGCCCCCAUUGUGGACAAAUUGAUUCAAACUUUGGUUAUAGAUAACAAACUGAAAAUUGGAAUCAAAAUUGAAGAAGGUGAAAAUUUUGAUGCUGAACAAUUAACAUCAGCAAACCGUAUCUCUUUGGCAAAGAGCUUGCCCGAUUCACUAUCAGCAAAGGUUCAAGUUGUUGUUGAAGCAUUAGAAGGGAAGGUUAGUGCUUGAUUGGGAGAACGCUUGCAUGCGUUUUUAUUUUUUGCUCAUUGUAAUUGUUGUUGUCAACUUUUAAUGCCUCCUAUUAUUUUCUUGGAUGCGCUUCCGGAAUACUUGGUGUUUUGAUCCAAAUACGUAUCUUUCCGUGGUAAUGUUGGACAGAGAGAAACUUUAAUAUGCCUUCUUUGUUUUCCUUUAUAUUUCUUCGUUCAACCUUGAGAAGCUUUCUCAAUCAACACCUUUCCAGUAUCCUUUACGGAAAGUUAGACGAACUUUCUCAGUCAUCAUCUUUCCAGUAUCUUUAAGGAAAGUUAGAAUUGCUCAGUUAACCGAAGCUCUUUUUUUAAAGUUACCUUCACUUGUUUAUCCAUUAUCGUCCUGUGUUGCAAAUCAGUCAUU